CCUCUUCUUCCUCCCCCCCCUCCUUCCCUCCCUCUCCUCUUUCCACCCUCUCUUCCCACUUUGCACAAUAAGUGAAAAUGGAUCACAGAGACAACAACGACAACACAUGCAUGAAGAGAAGCGCUUCAGAGUUGGCUCUCGAGGAGUAUCUCAUGAAAGCCAUGUCUUCCUCAGAUUCAAUACCAGAAACCGCCAUUAACACGUGCCCUCCACACCCUUCUUCUGAUUCCAAGAACAGGGAUCACACUUGUGGAUCAGCAGAGAGCCUUUUCUGGUUUGAGUGCAUAACCCCUCUCGCCACCAUCGAUGCUCAGUCAUCCAUCUGCGAGAACCUAUCAGCUGAUAGCCCGUUGUCCGCAAAUAAGCCAGAGGCAAGAGGAGAAGGGAGGAGAGCUGGAAGUGGAUCCUACAACGACCAAUCUGAUGAAGAAGAUGACGAGACAGAAGCUGGUCUAUCUGAACAGGCUGAUGAUCCAAACGGUAUCAAACGUCUCAGAAGGAUGUACUCGAACCGGGAAUCCGCAAGACGAUCUAGGAGAAGAAAGCAAGAACAACUGCAAGAUCUCGAGUCACAGGUUGAGAAUCUGAGAGGAGAGAACUCAGUCUUGUACAAGCAGCUCAUAGGUGCAACCCAACAGUUCCGGAAUGCAGAUACAAGUAACAGAGUUCUCAAAUCAGAUGUGGAAACUCUCAGAGUCAAGGUGAAACUAGCUGAAGAUUUGGUAGCAAGAGGGUCACUUACAAGCAGCUUGAAU